AUGUGGAUAAAGAUGGAUAGCAUACAAGAAUACGAUCUGCUCGUUGAACAUCAUCAUGAUCGCACGAGAAAGGCUCAGAACUCCAAAACCACCCAGAGACGCCGGUUCUCGGAAACUUUUGAGCUGAUACGUCAGCGUGGAGCUGCGCGAGCCGCGGGCAAUCAAGAACUCACGUCCGAGCUCGCAAGGCUUUACAGAGAGGCGACAAAAGAAGACGUCAGAGAGAGAAGAGUAGAAGUGUUGGUUGAAACUGCAGAGGCAGGAAAGAGCAUUAGCUUCGCCCCUCGAAGAUUCGCCUAUCGAAAAACAUGGAUGAGUGCUCUCCGGAAUGGAACAACCACAGCAUCGAGAAGGGGAAUGGAGAAAAUCAUUCACGACUUUUACACUGAUCUCUUCGACAGCCAUGUCCACUCGACUCGGCAUUGUUUUCGGAUUGCAGCUGAGGAUAGGUAA